UCUCACACCUCUGCUUGGACUUCUUUUAAGGACAAGACACAGAUAUUUGCCUCUUGAAAGCAACCAGUCAAUUAUUAAAUGUGGUGAUACUGUAUCAGUUUACCGUUUGCCUCUUUUAGCUGUAUCCAUGUCAGAGGUCUAUUCAUUAUGUAUCAAUUUGGUGUCUAGUUUUUGUACUGUGGGUAUUUUCCGUUCGUUUUGGCAUGCCGGGAUGUUUUUGUCUGAUAAGUGAGCAGUAAUUGGCCAUGCCUUAGGCUGAAAGAAUAUGCCCACCGUUGUUGACUGGGGUGUAUUUAUUUGUAUUCAAUGGAGGGCUCCAAAGUGAAACAGGAGAAUGUGAGGACAGUCAGGUUCCGAGUAGCAUCUGCCAACAGUGGUCGUGUGUUGGCCGAGGUGUUCAAGGAUGAGUCUCGCUGGUGUGGCUUGGUCUGUGACACAGAGGACUUGGACAAGACCUGUAGUCCAGAGGUACAGCACAGGGUCUCAUCUCCCCAUAGUGAGGCCAACAGCCACCUAAAAGGGCUGAUGCUCGAGUCUUCUCUUGACGGCGACGACAGAGAACCCGACGAGCUGCUUUCGUACGCGAGUGCCAGGAGAGAGACGCUCUUCAGCAACAUGCGGGUCAAUAUCUGCAGCAAAAAUGGAACCAUAAGAGGGGUGAGGAACAAAGUGAGCGCGGGUCAAGUGCUUUUUAACAACCUCUCCAAAAUGUAUUCUGGUCCCCUUCUUCAUCAGAAAACUAGACGUUGGGAAAAAGAUUAGAUUCUUUGGAGGCCUGCCAUGAUGUAUGGAUUAGAGACGGUGGCACUGAAGAAACAACAGGAAGCAGAACUUGAGGAAGCAGAAAUGAAGAUGUUGAGGUUCUUGCUUGGAGUGAGCAGGUUGGAUAGGAUUAGAAAUGAGCUUGUUUUGGAGAGAAGGUUUGAGAGAGCAGACUUCGAUGGUUUGGACAAGUCCAGAGGCGAGAGAGUAAGUAUAUUGGUAGAACGGUGGUAAGGAUGGAGCUCCCAGGCAAAAGAGCGAGUGGAAGGCCAAAGAAAAGGUUGAUGGAUGUUGUGAGGGAGGACAUGAAGACUGUGGGUGUCAAAGAGGAAGAUGCACGAGAUAGGUUUAGAUGGAAAAUGAUGACAUGCUGUGGCGACCUCUAAUCGGGACAAGCCAAAAGGAAACAAAGAAGAUGAAAGUAAACCGACUGAAUGAUUACAUUAAUAUAUACUUCUGAACUUUGAAUAUUUAGAAAUGUUUUUUGUCGAAUGUUGAAUGAAUCAUAUGGGUGCAGAAUUUAUUGAUUUUGAUAUUUGGGUUUGCAUGGC